AUGGGGGGCCCGAUGACGACGCUGGAAGUCGGCCUUCUCGGCGGAGGAUGGGCGCAGGUCCUGCAGCGGAUGCGAGCAGUCACGCUCAGCCAGCCCAUCCAGGAACAAACGCUACUAGUUCCAGAUCCGCCGGCCCAUGAGCUGCGGAGUGCCGUCAGCGCGCCAUUUGCAAGUACGACCCACCCGGGGUUGGUAAUAUUACCUGGUGUACAGGACAGUUUCAAAUAUACGACCCAUACGGCCCUCGGAGGCCGUCCAUUCGACCAGCCGCUCGCAGGGCACAGCACGCCAGACCGGUUGUUGAUCGGUCGCAUCGAGCUUGCCCGGCGCUAA